AUGAAGGGGAUUAAAGCCCCCAUUAACAUCACCCAGAGUCAUGUAUGUGCUCCUUUCACACAUCUUGGCUGGGCUUUCUUACUUCAUGGUCUCAGAGUGCUCCAGCUUCAUCUUCCUCUUCCUCAUACCAGUAUUUCUGAGUUCCUCCUGCUCGGCUUCUCCGAGCUGCUCUGUCUGCGAGUCCUCCUCUUCCUUAUCUUUCUGAUUGUCCAUUUGGUCACGUUGGCAGGGAACGUGAUGAUCUUCAUGGCAGUGAUUAUGGAGCCUUCCCGCCCUCCCAUGCUUUUCUUCCUCUGUCAGCUCUCUGUUAUUGAGCUCUGCUAUACCUUAGUCAUUGUCCCUAAGGCACUCCUCAGCCUGAUAAUGGCGGAUGGCAGCACCAUUUCUUUCCUAGGCUGUGCUGCACAGAUGCACUUUUUUGUGGCGCUUGGUGGGGCUGAAUGCUUCCUCCUGGUAGCCAUGUCGUACGACCGUUACGUUGCCAUCUGUCAGCCACUUCACUACGUGGCUGUGAUGAGUGAGGGGCUCUGCCUCAGGCUGGCUGUGGCAUGCUGUCUGGGGGGCUUUGCUGUUGGCCUGUGGUUGACAGUGGCCGUUUUCCGCUUACCUUUCUGUCAGUCGCGUCAUAUCAACCACUUCUUCUGUGAUGUCCCUGCUGUACUGCACCUGGCCUGUACACAGACUUACAGCCCUGAGCUGCCCUUGCUGAUUGCCUGUGUGCUCCUCCUGCUGCUUCCCUUCUUCUUAAUCCUGACCUCAUAUGUCUGCAUUGCCACCGCUUUGUUGCAUGUCACUUCCUCCAGAGGAAGGGGCAAAGCCCUUUCCACCUGCAUUUCACACUUGGCCAUCACCUUGCUACACUAUGGAUGUGCCACCUUCAUGUACAUUCGUCCCAAGUCCAGUUACUCACCAGCUCGAGACAAGAUGGUGUCUCUGGUCUACACCAACAUUACUCCAUUACUGUAUCCCCUCAUUUAUAGCCUGAGGAACACAGAAAUCAGAGGGGCCCUCAGGAAAAUGUUGAGAAGGAAGAAAAUAGCUCAGAUGAACUGGGAUACUAUCAGAGCUG